AUGGGUGUUAGUGCAAAUUUGUUCGUAAAGCAAAGAGGGUCGACAACAGCUCUGAAGCAGCCAAAGGAAAUAGGAUUCUAUUCAAGAACUAAGGAUGAAGAAUAUUUAAUUAGCGAUGAUACGAAUUUGAAUUACUACUAUCUUCCAGACGCUGAAUUGGACAGGAAGUUGGAUCUUUCAUCAGGAUUUCAGAAAUUUAAGGAUUAUUACAAAGAUUUUGAAGACAGGUGUUCCCUGCGUGGGCUAUUAGAAACCAUAGAAAGCUCUGAAAGACAUAAAGGAAAAAAAAUUAAUGCUGAUAUAAUUACUUUUAGAGGAAUAGCACGGAAAUUAAUUUCAUGUGCAUUUGACUCUCCAUCUUUUAAUACAGUUGAUCUUCGUAUCGUUUCAUUCAACGGCCAACUUUUUAUCAAGGAAGUGCCUGAAGCUGUCAAUGCAGCUAAGGCUUCCUCUGCAACUGAAGCAGGGCGUAAUAUAAAUCAAGAUCUGAAUGUAUUUACAGGGUACAAGUUUGAAACUUUGGCUACUCUUUCCAAUCCGUUGCAGUAUACACCCCGUGAAGUGAUAGAAAAAAGAACUAAAAGGAUUGUAUCGCAUGGAGAUGAAUACAUUAGUGUUGUGAGAACUGGUGUAGGUAACUGCAAGUUAAUUCUUGGUGCUGAGGUGGAUUGUAUAUUUGACUUUAAAGAAAACGGUAGAGACAAUUUAAAACAUUAUGCCGAAUUGAAAUGUACGCAGCAAGUUGCGAACAUAUCGGAUACGCAUAAGUUUGAGCGUAAACUGUUCCGGACCUGGCUGCAAUGCUUCUUAGUUGGGAUCCCAAGGAUCAUAUAUGGUUUUAAAGACGACCAUUAUGUAUUAAAAACUGUGGAAGAGUUUUCAACGGAGGAAGUACCUGUUUUAUUAAAGAACAAUAAUCCACAAGUUGGAAGUGCAUGUUUAGAAGCCAUUAAAUGGUAUGGUCUCCUUACUGAGUGGCUUUUGAAAAUGAUACCAAGAGAUGAGGAUCCUCAUUCUCAAAUAAGAGCAUUUAAGUUGGUUUUCGAAAAUAAUCACCUAAGAUUAUCCGAAAUUGAAGAAAGUGAUGAGGAAUAUUCAGGUUUGAUUGAUGGAGAACAUAUAUUAUCGAACGGGUUUAAGGAGUGGAGAAAAUCUUUGAAAUAA